ACUUGGGGAAACAAAAGAACCAAAGGCCCUGGCCUAAUACCCGCCUAGACUAAAUUACAACCCUCAUUGGAAACCGCUUAUACUGAGCAACUAGAUGUACAUAUAGUUGUCCUGUAUUCUGUUCAACCCAGGGUCAGAUUUUCUUGAUUUGUUUCUAUGGAUAUGCUUACAUAGGAGGUUCGUUGUGUCCUCCUCUUGCCUAGGAGCAUGGAGGCAGAGCACCAUCAACCCCAACAACAGCAACAACGUUUUCUGCAACCCCCUCGCACCCAUCUCACACUUGUCCAUCCUUCCCAUUCUCAGCCACCAUUUCUUGCUCAUCCCCUGCUUUUUUCAUCCCCUGUACACCACACCCAUUUCAUCCAUUUCCAUCAAUUACAGCAACAUCAGCAUCAACAGCAGCUGCAGAGACAGGAGGAGCAUGGACAGAUACCAUCAGAGAGAGAACCUGAUCAGAUUCAUCAUCCAAUUGGGUUGCACCCAUUACAGGUUAGACAUACUAUACACCAACCUCAACCCCAUCAAGGCCAUUCUCUCCUCCCUCAUCAUCGCAACCAAACCCAUUUUCAACUUAUUCAAUUUGAUCAAGCCCAACUCCCAGGGGAACAACAGCAGGACAGAGAACCCACUUCAGAAAACAACCAUGAUGAGGACACUCGACAAGAUCCAGAAGAACUCAACGGAACAGAUAACUGCAUUGAGAAAAACUAUGAUGGGUCUCAAAUUCAAGGCAGGGAUAAUCCUUCUGCAGAGGCUAAGAGACCUUUAGCUCCCAUUGCAACUAGUUUGGGGGACCCUGGUUUUGGAGGGGCUCUGGCUUCCAUCCAAAUUGCAGUUACUAACCAGGCACUGCAGAAUCAGACCAACUUAGCACAAAUAGAACAACAGGCUUCUGACCCAGGAGACACUACUGUCGAAGAUUUACCAGAAUCACAUGAACAGGGUGGUCUCCAGGAUGAAGCUCACCUGGAACAUACCAGUUCUCCUUGUGUUCAAGACUCGCAUCAGCCAAAAGAGAAGAAGAAAAGAAAAAGAAUAAAGCAGGUCCAAUUCCAAUUAGACCCUCUUGUGCAUCAAAAAUUAAUGAGAAUUGUAUAUGAGCAAUACAAUGGGAGUGUUGAGAAAUUUGUCACUACUACUUUGAAUUCCUCUGAAGCAUCUGAUAAGCCAGGGAAGAAAACAGUGACAAGAAAACCCACACUUUCAAAGUGGAAACGGACAAGGUUUGAACAGAUGAAGGGAAGUGAAACCCAGGAACUAACCAUGGCAUUCAGAUCACUUGCCGAGUCAACACCCAGAUCAGAAACAGUAUUUGAACUUUUAUCAAUCCCAUGGCAGGAGUUGACAAUGUCACAAAUAGAGAAGAUGUUAGAAGAAACAAAAAGAAUGCUUUUUCUCAAUGAAAAAGUACAUGACUGUACAGAGUGUGGCAAAAGAUUUGCAACACCAAGCAGCUUGAAGGACCACAUGAAUGAGCAUAGUGGGGUUAAACCAUACAAGUGUAAAUUUAAAGAUUGUGCCAUGCACUUUAAGAGCAAACAGUUGCUUUGUCGACACUUGAAAAAGCAUGAAUGUGCACAUAGGUGUACAUUUGAAGGUUGUGGCAAACGUUUUGCAUUCAGGGAACGCUUGAUUGUACAUCAGAAAAUACAUAGCAGUGAAAGACCACUAGUUUGUCCAUGGGAGGGUUGUGGAAAGAGAUUCAAAUGGACAAAUUCUCUUCAAGGGCAUAAGCGUACACACACAGGCGAAAAACCUUUUCAAUGCACGUUUCAAGAUUGUGGGCGUCAUUUUGGUUACAAAGUUGAUUUAACAAGGCAUGUACGAACUCAUUAUGGUGAACCAGCUCGUGCUAGCCAUUAACAGUGUUUAGGAUACAUAAUUGCAUAUAAGUGGAUGGGAUUAUUGUGCUCGACUUUGACUUGCAUUUAGUGAAGUGGUGUUCUCUAAUUGAGGACUUCAAUUGUCAGUGAUUUAUCAGACUGGGACAUUUUGGAACAGCCAAAUACAGUGAAAAUAUGGCAGGCCCAGGGGACCAUGCAUACCAGAGAGAAUAAACUCCCAGGAUGCAGUCUUUUCACAGUUGUAGAAUAAUUGGCACGCUGUAAGAGAAUUGAAAGGAUGUAUGAAAAAAAGCUUAACUUAAUCAGUUCGAUAUUUAAACAAGUCUUCCACAAAUUGUAUAUGGUCUGUGUAUAAAUGGGAGUUUAUUGGUUUAGCUGAUUUCCUGAUAUUAAGCUAUUUUAUUCUUGCCAAAAGAGAGUAAGCUGAAGGUUGUAUAUGAAAGCAUUCAGAAUUGAGUUAUUUCUACACACCAUGAUCCCAAUAUGUAUUGUUUUCAACAUUGUGUCCGUAAAUAUGGGAAAAACUCAACUGGGUAUGCCACAUUCAUACAGGUUC